AAUUAUUCCUGGACCUAUCCUUUCGUUAUUAAAUUGAAUCUAGUUCCUUGAUUUCCAAAUGUGCUAUAGAAUAUUAACUGUUAGUGCAAUAUGUUCUCUCCCUUCAUUCCUCAACUUUGCCUGUAUAAGACUAUUCCAUCACAACCAGAAGUUCUGUCUAAAUUCACAUAAUCAAUCCCGCUUAAUUGUGCAACUCUCCAUAUCGUGUCAGCAUGCUUGCAAAAGAAAAACAUGUGCUCUAGAGUUUCUGUUCCAUCCCACGCAGCAGACACAUUUGUCAUCCCCUCUUCCUAUUCUGCUCCUUAUCAGCUCAUUAAUAGCCAGAAUAUUGCCAUCUCCUUGCAGAUAUCCAUACACAGAAGUAACUUGCAGCAAGCCAUUGCAUAUGCAAGCAUGGUCAAAAUCACUGACAUCAACCAUACUUCUUUCCCUGCCUGACUCAACAAUCUUUUCUUCAACCCUUGCAGCCUGUUCACCACUUUAUUAACCAUAUAGACUAAGGGUGAACGCCCGGGAUCCACGUCAGACGUCGUCGCCCUCCGCAUGACGCUUUCAGGUUGGUUGCCGAGUAUUCUCGUUGCACCCGAUCCUUCCUCCGCCUUGCGUGGUCGUGCUUCUGUCUCUCCCCCUCUCUAGCACUGUUUCCUUCUGCUCUGCAGGCGGUUGGUUGACAGUCUCCUCUAUACCGGCUCCACCCACUUGGAGCUUUUCUCCUUCUCCACUCUUCUUUCUGCACUCAUUUUUUCCCUUCUCCUCUUGCUGAUGCUGUUACCUGCACAUCCUGAGCUUUCUCCCCCUCACACCAUACUAUUUACUUUCUCCUCUUGCACGUCUUCCUGCUUGGAAGACCCAUCUUUCUUUGGCCCUGUUUGCCAGUACAGUUCUUUCCUGCGCCCGUCAGCUUGAGCCCAUGGGGCCUCGCUCUGCUCACUCGUCCAGCUCCUGUGUACCGGCUCAACUUGCUUCUCUCCUUCAUUUCGUUUCUUGCUUCCUUCCUCCACCUCCAAUUGCUUCUCUUUCCACUCAUAAAAUUAUUUUCUCCACGCCUCCCUUUUUCCUCCGAAAAUUAUUUUCCCGUGUUUUCUUCUCCUUCUUUUUCUUUUUUUUCCCUGCUAGAUUGCUUUGCCCACACAUCUUUCUCCCCCCUUUCUCCCCCACCCUACACCUCCUUUCCCUCAGGAAUUACUGUUUCCCUUCGCCCCUUACACACCCCCUCCACCUGCUCUCUCCUCUUGUCUCUUGACCGAUUAGGUAGCUGCCAUGAUGCCCCAUGUUGUUGCUUCUCCUUACCUCUCCCCACAAUCAACCAUUUGCUCUUUCGUUCCUAUUUUGCUGCUUUUGCUUCUCACCCCUUUUGCCCUUGCCGCUGCGCCAGGUAACCUCUCCUGCUCCUUUCCUACUCUUCUUCGCCCUCUGGUCUCCGAUUUGUCUUUUGCAUUUUCCUUUGGCCCACGAUGGUUGUCCAUUAGUCCUCCCCAGUUUUGCUCUGCACUGACCCCCUCUCUCUGGAUUUUUGCUGAACCAACCUAUUUCAGCUAGUUCCUCUGCCUUGUUCUUCAGGUUCCCCCUGUCAAUUGCUACAGGAUGCAAGAUGUUAUCCUUGUUAAAAAUGUCCUGCCUGGCUCUCAGGGAUGGACCUGCAAAGUCACUGUACAAGAGAAGCAGCAAAUAACUGGAUCAGCAAUGACCCCAACAAAAAAACAAAAAUUUAUUUUGCUGGAUUCGGAGGUCUUCUCUCUGCUGCCAUUCAUAUAUACUUCUUCAUACUACUUGGUUAAAUAUUGCAUUGUUAAAAAAACACAUUAAUCUGCACCUUAAAUUUCCCAUAUCAUUACUUUGUCAAUAUUUUGUGUAUCCCUAGAGUUCACAGGUGGAGGGGAUUAUGUUUAAUAAUGACAUCUCAAAAAUCAGCCAUCAGCUUCAGAUUUAUAAAAAAUAUCUCAAUUCAAAUGCCAUUGUACGGCUAAUUCUAGAAAAAUAUCAAACUUCUGACCUGAAGAUCCAGUGGGUUAUCACCAGCCGAACAGUUAUUGAACCGGCAAAUGAUGAUGACGAUAUUCUACCUGUUAAGUUUAAUUGUAUAGAUUUCAAUGAUCUUGUGAGCUUCAUGGAUGACAAAGAAAAAUCAGUUGACGUUCUUGGUAUAGUUGUUCAAGCUCUGGAUGUUAAACAUAUCAACAGAAAUGGAAAAGAUUCAGUCGUUCAAAAAUUCGUCAUUGUUAACACAGAGGAUAGGAAAAAUGCUCAGCUCCUUAAUGAUCUUGUUACUGACGCAGCUUACAUGAAGUACAAUCCUGAUUUCGCUCUUAAACCAGAUCAUAAGAUAACUAAAAUUAUCCUUUUGAAACCAACACAGAAGAGCUCCUGGGUCAGAGUGUUCUUCUCGUUUGAGCACAUCUUCCAAAAAUUCUGGUACAUGGGAUGCAAAAAAUGCUUCCGCUCUACAGCAGCUCCGCAUAGAGUAGUUUUUACAUGCAAUUCAUGCAAAGAAAAGCAUCCAGCCGAACCAAGAUGUCGCUUCGACGUUGAUUUGACUGAUUCAACAGGUACGAUCACUGCUUCCAUUUUCAGUGAACUAGCAGAAAAUUUGCUUACUUUCAUCGGAUUGGAAGCAAUGGAUCACUUCACUCAGGUUUACAAUGAAGACAACAGGCACAAAUUUAAAAUUCCAAAGCUCGUUAGCGUAUUCAUAAAUGAAACAACAACGCCGGUGAUCACACUCAGAGCUGGAUAUAGACUUCUUCAAGUAAACAUAAAUGGCCGGGCUUUCACCGGCAACUGGUCUUCUUUUGUUCUGCAACAUGAUUUGCAGCUCAACGAAAAGUUAGUAUUCAUACCAGAGACAGUGAAUUCAUUUACCGUGCAGGUCUACAAGACAGAUGGAACCGAAAAAAUUUUCCCUUGGUAUCACAACUACUAUGUCCAUUCUUAUCUUUGGUAUUCAGUUUGUAAAAUAGAUUCACGUACCAGUCCAAAUGUUAUUUAUAAUCUCGCCUUGUAGUUUGAUCUUCAACCUUAUUUUCAUUGAUAACGUCAGUGCCAACUGCUGUA